CGCUCCUCAGUUGAAUAUCCUCGCGCAAGGGGACGCACGUCUCUGCGGCCCGAAAAAAAAAACAUCGAUUUCCGAACAGUGUUGUCUAUGUGUGUGUGUGAGUGUGAGUGAAUUUUCGAAUUUGGAAUACUUACUCGGCGACGUAUCUUCAUGUGGUUGGAGAAGUAAUAACUAAGAUUUCUGGAACUUCUUUACCGGAAGAGUUUAUUUAUCGACAUAUUCAACUUUAAAGUAGAUGGUGGAGCUUGAGAGUGAGAUUAUGCGACGGCACGCGAACUAGAGAUGGCGCUGCUGUUUGGAGCCCUGGUGCUGGCUCUAGUGGGGUGUACAGGAUGCACAGACAACACAAACGGUGUAAACACGGAUAGUGUGCAGGAGCUAGACUACACGGACGUGGACCUGGGUCUGGCGCAGCGAGGUCCACAUUUUGACGUGGCGUACUCCAAGAACGUCACGGCGCUGGUCGGAAAGACGGCGCAGCUUAAUUGCAGAGUGCACGAUCUUGGCAACAGAACGGUCUCAUGGAUCCGGCACCGCGACAUCCACCUCCUGACGUCCGGUCGGAUGACUUACACCUCGGACCAGAGGUUCAUCAGCGUUCACAAUCCUCACACAGAAGACUGGAUAUUGAAAAUAAGGUUCCCGCAGCGUCGGGAUUCUGGCAUCUAUGAGUGCCAAGUCGGCACCACCCCGCCCAUUGGUCACCGGAUGCAUCUUUCCGUCGUUGAACCGCUGACGACGAUCCUGGGAGGUCCAGACCUGUUCAUUAACAUGGGCAGCACCAUCAACCUGACGUGUGUGGUGCAGCACUCCCCGGAGCCACCUCCGGCUAUUAGGUGGACACAUAAUGAAGAGGAAAUCAACUACGACUCCCCCCGCGGCGGGGUGUCGGUCAUCACAGAAAAGGGGGAGACGACCACAUCCCACCUUUUGGUGCAGCGGGCAAGAGUGCCCGACACUGGGCGUUACACGUGUGCGCCGGCCAACGCCAAUCCGAAAUCCGUGCAUGUGCACGUUCUUAGUGGAGAACACCCAGCAGCAAUGCAGCACGGCGGCCAGCUGCGUCUGCAGUACCCGCUGUCGGCGGCGCUGCUCAGUCUCAUCGUCACCCUUAUGGGCUGCUAGCUGGACGUAUAAUGGCCUUAAUGCUUUUACUGAUAUUUGACUUGUUUAGACUAUUUAAAACUUUCGCGGUUUAAACACAUAUUAAAUCACAUUUAGAAACGGGUCU